AUGGUGGAGCCCUGUGAAUUUUCACACCUGAACUGCUUCCACGUCCCGCAUCCCCAACUCGAGAAGCCUCUGCGGGCUAACGGCACUACGGGGCUUAGGGUGUGUUGGAGACAACUCUUUUUUUCAGCGUUUGUUGCUGCAUGGUUGAAAAAAAUAUUUGGAGAUCACCCCAUUCCAAAAUAUGAGGUGAAUCCACGGACCACAGAAAUUUUACAUCACCUUUCAGAACGCAACAGGGUCAGGGACAAGGAUAUCCACCUGGUAAUAGAGGACUUGAAACAGAAAGCAAGUGAAUAUGAAUCAGAAGAUUCUUUUUUUUUUUUAAGUUUUAUCCCUGCAGUGAAUGAUGUGACCUCUGACCUUUUUCAUACCAAAUCUAAAAAUGAAGAAAUCAAGCUUGAAUUGGCAAAACUUGAAAAAAAUCUUACCGCAACUUUAGUAUUAGAAAAAUGUCUACAAGAGGACCUCAAGAAGGCAGAACUGCAUCUGUGUACGGAAAGGGCCAGAGUUGAUAAUCGUCUUCAGAACAUGGACUUCCUAAAAGCGAAGUCAGAGGAGUUCAGAUUUGGAAUCAGAGCUGCAGAGGAGAAACUUUCAGCCAGAGGCAUGGAUGCUUCUUUGUCUCAUCAAUCACUGGUAGCACUUUCAGAGAAACUGGCAGAACUAAAACGACAGACUACACCUUUGAAGAAAAAAUUGGAGUCCUAUUUAGAUUUAAUGCCGGUAGCUAUUUUUAUUACUUUUUUUUUUUUAAAGUCAUCUCUUCUAAUCUUUCCCAAGGGCCCUGAAUGAUCACGAAAUUAAUGACUUCAUACUUAAGGAUUUAAAAUCCAAGCCGAAUUUCACUGGAU